AUGGAGCUCUUUGCCAUGGGGUUGCGCUCCGAUGGCUACACACCGGAGAUCUACGAGGUGGAGUUCUACGAGACUUUGGAGACAGCCGUCGCGAUGGGAAAGAGGUUGGGCUACCGGCUGUCGGAUGGCGCGCCCCCGAAGGGCCUGCCCACACGGCGGUCUGGGCUGGAUGCGGCCAAGACUUUGAUUAAGAGUGGCGAGAUCAAGAUAAUCAGCGUCUGUGUCCAGCACUACCAGUCCGCUCUCGAGUCGGGCCUGCUCAAGAAGAACAGCGUCGGCCCCGGCUACCCAGUGUCACACACGUUUCAGCGUCAUCCGGGCAAGCCGCUGAAUCUGAUGUCGACGCAGGGCAAGCACGCAGAGAUCCACUUGUCUGACAUGAAAGUGGCGGUGUCAGUGAUGCAGGCCCCGGCGUCGCCACCGUCGGAGUCGAUGGAGGACACAGGUGCAGAAGUUGUGGCUGUGUCAGGGUCACCCCAUCGCCUGGUCUUCUACGGCUACAGCGUCAACGACUCCAGCCGGCGCAUCAACGACGCCCUCUUCAAGAACAUGACGAAGAGCAUCCCCGGACUCACGGACUGCGCGUCGGAGCACAUGGUGCUCUUCUCUGACAUUGCGUCGGCGCCCCUGCUGUCGUUCUGCGUCUCCGGUGGCGACAACAGGGAGAUGGUGCUGGACAAGUAUGUCGCGGAGGAGCUGCCAGCCCGCUUCAAGCACAUACCAGCGUCAGCGUCGCCAAUCUCCGGCUUCUGGGCUGUGAAGGUCGGCUCCGACAACCUGACGUCGGCAGGAGUCCAGCUGUCGGGCAGAUUGUCGACGAUGGUCAGGGUCGACGUCAUCACCAAGCAGAGUCGCCAGACCACAAAUGACAUCGCCAGGGAGAGGCAGAUGGAGCAGGCCAUCCAUGGCCUGGAUGGCCGCAUCGAGGUCCUCAAGGAGGAGCUCGGAUCCUGUGAGUCGGAGAAGCGGUCGCUCCAGCGUCUGAUGGCGGAGUCGAAACGGCGUCGGCUGUCGAAGGAGGAGAAGAAGAACCAGGCGUCGGAGAAGAAGGAAGAUGGAGGUGCUGAGACGCCGUCGCAGUCUGCCGAGCCAGUGCGCGAUUCCAAUGAUGAUGGUGUGCGCGAUUCCAAUGAUGAUGGCGCAUCCUCAACCAUGGGUACUGACACCAUGUGUGACGGGCCAACCCAGGCCCAGACCCCAUGA